UGAGACAACGUUCGGUCUCGCGAGAACAGCGCGUUGUUAUUGCUAACAGAUAGCAUAGCUAGCAUUAAUCGAAGCUAUCUAUAUUUCUGCUGUCUUUCGUUCCUGUUGGACUCCAAUGGAUGCUCUCGUGUCCCUGGACGACGCAGAGAGGCCACGGCAUCGUCCUUUCUUAAUCGGCGUCAGCGGAGGAACUGCAAGCGGCAAGUCAACAGUUUGCGCCAAGAUCAUGGAGCUCCUGGGCCAGAACAAAGUGGACCACCGCCAGAGGAAGGUAGCAAUUAUAAGCCAGGACAGCUUUUACAGAGUCCUGACUCCAGAGCAGAAGGCAAAGGCGCUGAAGGGCCAGUACAACUUUGAUCACCCAGAGGCAUUCGACAACGAGUUAAUGUACAAAACCUUGAAGGACAUUGUGGAGGGAAAGGUGGUUGAAGUGCCAACAUAUGACUUUGUCACCCAUUCCAGGUUGGAAGACAGGAUCACAGUUUACCCAGCAGAUGUGGUCCUCUUUGAGGGGAUCCUGGUUUUCUACCCCCAGAAAGUGCGAGAUAUGUUUCACAUGAAGCUCUUUGUGGACACAGAUUCAGACGUCAGACUGUCUCGCAGAGUUCUGCGAGACAUGAACAGAGGGAGAGACCUGGAGCAGAUUCUCACACAGUACACAACGUUUGUUAAACCUGCUUUUGAGGAAUUUUGUUUGCCUACUAAGAAGUAUGCAGAUGUCAUCAUUCCAAGGGGAGUUGACAAUAUGGUGGCCAUCAACCUCAUUGUGCAGCACAUCCAGGACAUUCUGAAUGGAGACAUCUGCAAAUGGCAGCGUGGGUCCAUCAACGGUCAGGGGCCAGGCUUCAAACGGGCCAUUUCUGAGCCGGGUGACCUGCAGAGCGGAGCCACCAAUCCUCCAGGAAAGAGGGUCCUGCUGGAGCCCAGUAGUCGGCCUCACUGAGACUGUGUGGAUGCAUGGACGUGGCUGUGAAGAUGAGUGUGCUGCUACUGAUUUGUGCAGCGGGGGUCAGCAACUGUGAUGCCAGUCUCACUCUCUGCAUCCUUUUUUAAAUUGAUAUCCAAAAUAACAAUGUUGCAAGGAUUUAGUGCUGCAACCUCUUUGUAACUCUACUGUAAUUAUUGGUACAUAACAAACAUGCUAAUAGUUUGCUUUUCACAUGUGAAAGUCUUCCAUGAUACUGUUUGAUUUUUUUCAGUGUUUCACCUUGGUCAGACAAGCUGUUACUGAAAUGGAAGGUCAUGUGGUCGAAGGUAGGAGGCGUUAUUUAAUUGUUUAAAUCCAGUCACGCUUUUGCACUUUGAAUUUGACCUCAUAAUUACACAGUUUCGCUUUUUUGAUGUUUUAGUGGAGAUUAAUAUAUUCAAAUUAUAUUAACAAUAAUGUGAUGUGGUUACCUCAUUACUUUUCCUGUUUUUAAUAACUUAUUAAAAUUAGGUCCAUAUGUUUCUGUAGCGUCUUGAUACUGAGUGCUUCCUUUUGAUUAUUUAAUGCUGAUUACAUGCCUUAACUUUUUUAAGUUAAUUUUCCAUGCACUAUUAUUCAACAAUAAAUGGAAGUUCCGUUAUUAAG